AUGUCAUUCCCCAAGCGAACCAUUGAGGGCCUGGAGCAAUCCAAGGCAAAGAGAGUUUGUCGCCCUGCGCCACUGAAUCUCAAACGUCCCAUGCCAACUCAUCUGGCUAAUGGUGACAACCUAUCUCCCUUCUUGGUUGAGGAAGGUCAAUCCUCGCCAAUCCCUGCCAAGUUGUUCAGCAACGUGUUGAAGAUCAAUGAACAAGUCAAAAAUGAAUCAUCCAAGGCUACACCCACCCCAUUCGCCGAUGGUGACCAUCUAUCUCCUCGCCUGAUCCAAGACAAUGGCCAGCCUUCACCCAUUUCACACACUCUGUUCAACGAGUCUCUGAACAUUACUGAGCCAUCCGAGGCCACACCCCCUCAGGGUCCAUUCCCUUUCUCUGGCGCGAAAGAAAACACCCAACAAAUCGAGUUCAACCCUCGCCUUUCUACCCCUAAAAAGGAGGCAUCAGAUAUCGUCAAUGUGAACUGGCCCUUGCCAUACACUCGCAAAGUUGGUCCUGUCAAUGAGGAUGGGUACGCCGUAGUCACCCAGACUUGGUAUGACUACAGUUCGAUGAAAUUCGAUGAUUCUUCGACAGACUCCUCUGGAAGUCCUCGCCCGUUUAACUUCGACCCCCGGUCCUUUCCUGCUCCCCGAGUGCGCACCCGUGUCCAGUACUUCGGCCGUCCUGACGGAACACCCCGCAAGAAGCCCCGUUUCAUCAUGGGAUUUCACAAAAGUUGCCCUCAUUGCCGUAGUGGUGUACCUGGCCAUUCUCGCCAUCUCAUCUUUCGUUGA